AUGCACCUCUCCGCCCUGCCUAUUGCGCUGCUCGCCACUGGCGCCCUGGCCAAGAACUCCAACAUAACGUGCGUCCAAGGCCUGUACAUGAUCGUUGCGCGAGGCACUGGCGAAAAGAAGGGCGCUGGAGUCACAGGCAGCCUCGCCGAGGAUAUUGCGGACCGCAUCGACGACUCGGCGGUUGAGCCCCUCGACUACCCGGCCGCGUUUUCUGACCCGGAUUACCUGUAUUCUGAGCGAGAUGGCGUGGAUGCCAUGCAGGAUAUGAUCACAAGCUAUCAUGAUGCUUGUCCCAAUGGCAAAAUGGCCGUAUUCGGUUAUUCCCAGGGCGGCCAGGUCACCAGCGACGCCUUCUGCGGCAGCAGCGGCAUCAGCGGCUUCUCAGAGGCCGCUCCGCUCCCCACGAGCCUCGUCGAUGACAGCGUUGUCGCCAUCAUCGUCUUCGGAGACCCGACGCAUGUGGCCGAAGCCCCCUACAACAGGGGAACGAGCCAGAAGAACGGGGUCUGGCCGCGUGAAAACAUCACCGUGUGCGAGGACAACUACACUGGCAUCAUGCGGUCAUAUUGCGACACUGGGGAUGUUUUCUGCGACCUUGGCACCGAUGGAGAAGUACACAGGUUGUACAUCACCAAUUAUGGCGACGAUGUGGCCAACUUUGUCGUCCAGAAGUACAACGACAUGAUGAGCAAGACCACGGCGACAGCUUCAACGACUGCAUCCGGAUCUGCUUCGGCAACCGGGGAUUCGGACAAUGCUGCUGCUGGACUGACACCAGGCUUGGCGCUCGCGGCCAUCGCUCCUCUUGUGUUGGUGGUUUUGGAGUUGGUGUUCUGA